GAUCAGUUGUUGUUCAGAUUGGUUUUCUGGAGUCACAAUGAACAGGUUGCUGUGGGUUGUGUGUCUGUUUUUUUUAUGUCUGAUUGGUGAUUGGAAGAGUCAGGUGAAUGGAGAAGAUCAUUUUAUGCUUCUUGCUGGCCCUCUGACUGAGGAUCACAGAACCUCCAGCAGUGACGAAAAUGUCUUUGACUGCAGUCAUCCCACACCAGCAGCUUCCAAGCAGUAUUUUAAGUACCUCCAGACCAAAGGGGUGACACACUUCAAAGUGCCACUGUCAUGGGCAAAACUUCUUCCUACGGGCCUGACCAGCAAGCCUCAACAGGAGGUGGCAAGGUGUUACCAGACCCUGCUGAAGAACCUGCAGGCGGAGGGCUUGCAGCCUCUCGUCAUUCUUCAUGGAUCGACAGUUCCGGACUCCUUGAGGUCCAGGUAUGGAGGCUGGGAAAGUCAGCAGCUUCUAGACCUGUUUCAACAGUAUGCCGAGUUUGCUUUGAGAGAAUUUGGCCAUUUGGCAAAUUCAUGGGUGACAUUUAGUGACCUGGAUGAGAUUUUGCAUGAAGGACCAGCUGUCGAUGGUCACAGUCGUCUUCAAAAUAUCCUUCAGCUCAACAAGGACAUUCAUGAGUUUUAUCAUCAAAACUUUCCAUAUGAAGGGAAACGUCUAUCGUUUGGAUUGAAUGCAAAACACGUGGAUCAACUUUCCAUUCUUAAAGCUUUCACAAAUAUGGAUUUCUUGUCAGUGAACCUUGAAUAUAACUGCGCCUCCUCAAAGAGUUUUGCACAAGAGUUGAGAAACUUGCAGACAUCUGCUGGAAAUUUGCCAAUCUUGAUAUACAAGAUGCCAGUUCGUGACUGUAUCCCGAGUGAACACAAGCUUCUUGGAGAUUUAUUACAAGUUUUAUGGACCAAUAGUUUGAAUAUUAUGGGAUGUGACAUGAGGAAUGUAUUAGAUGAGCUGGACAUGCAGGAUUCUCCAGUCAGCAGGACCGAAUUCAGGAAGAGUUGUGAAAACAUCGUGCAUAAAUUUGAGGACCAAGCCAGCAAUGACGAGCUGUUCCUCACUAAAGGAUUUCCGCCAGGGUUCCAAUGGGCAACGUCGUCAGAAUCUUUCAAGGUUGAAGGUGGCUGGUUGGAAGGGGGAAAAGGAGAGACAAUUUGGGAUCGUUUUGGUCAUGAAGGACAAGUCUUUGCAAAUCACACUGCUGAUCUUGCUUGUGACAGUUACAACAAAGUUGAUAUAGAUGUCUACCUCCUGCAAAGUCUUGGAGUCAACACCUACCAGUUCUCCAUUUCCUGGGCCCGUAUAUUCCCCUCAGGUCUCAAAGACAGCCUGAAGGAAGCAGGAGCUCUCUACUAUGAAGCAGGAGCUCUCUACUAUGACUCAAUGCUCCCUCCUCUCCAUUGGGAUCUGCCUCAGGCUCUCCAAGACAAUGGUGGAUGGACCAACCCUUCCAUUAUUGCAGCUUACAAGGACUAUGCAGCCUUCUGCUUCAAUAGAUAUGGAGACAGGGUCAAGAGCUGGAACACAUUCAGUACCUGGGUGGUGAGCCAUGCUGGAUAUGGCACAGGUGUGCAUGCUCCAGGAAUAAAAGACUAUGUGACUGCUUCUUAUCAGGUUACUCAUAAUAUACUGAAAUCCCAUGCUGAAGCCUGGCAUGUCUACAAUGACAAUUACAGAAAGACACAGGGAGGGAAAGUGGGCAUUGCAUUAAACUCUGACUGGGCAGAACCUGCUGAUGUUGACAAACCUGAAGAUAAGGCAGCUGCAACACGCUACCUGGAGUUUAUGCUAGGCUGGUUUGCCCAUCCAAUCUUCAUAGAUGGGGAUUACCCUGCGGUUCUCAAAACUCAGAUUGCAAACAAAGCAAAAGAGUGUCCCUCAUCUGUGCCAGUAGUGCUUCCAACUUUCACUGAUGAAGAGAAGGCAAGGAUCAAGGGAACUUCUGACUUUUUUGGUUUAAAUCAUUAUACCUCCCGUUUAGUUAGCAGCAGUGCAGGUGGGUGCAUCCCUGGCCCUGCAGGAGUUGGAGACUUCCAGGCAAAAAUGGACCCUUCAUGGCCUGCUACAGCAUCAGACUGGAUCUACUCCAUGCCCACAGGGCUACGGUCACUUCUGACCCACAUUAAAACAACAUAUCUAACUGUUAACAAUGUGCCCAUUUACAUAACUGGGAAUGGCAUGCCAACAAAUGACACCUUCAAUGACACUAGCAGAAUAGAGUACAUGGGGGGUUACAUCAGAGAGGCCCAAAAAGCUAUUGAAUUCGAUAAAGUGGAUGUGCAGAGAUUCACAGUACAAUCAUUUAUGGAUGGAUUUGAGGGAAAUAAAGGGUACAGUGAAAGAUUUGGACUUCACCAGGUUAAUUUUGCAGAUAGCUACAGACCAAGAACACCAAGACAAUCAGCAUAUUUCUUUGCUCAGAUCAUCGAGCAAAAUGGUUUUGUUUCACGUAAACAAGAUCAUUUUGAAGGUGUGAAAAUAUCACCAUCUCGCCGUUCCACCCCACUGCCACCCUCAGAGGUCCCAUCAGCGUCAAAGGCUGUCUGGGAAAAAUUUACACCACAGAAAAAGUUUGACAGGCAAAUGUAUCACUAUGGCAAAUUCUCACAAGACUUCUUAUGGGGCAUCUCAUCAUCAGCUUACCAGAUUGAGGGAGGAUAUAACCAGGAUGGGAAAGGACCCAGUGUAUGGGAUGUAGUCAGUAAUAACCCAGGUAGUGGUAUUCCUGAAGAUGUUAAUGGAAACGUUGCCUGUGACAGUUACAAUAGACUUGAAGAAGACCUUUACAUGCUGCAAGCUAUGAAAGUGAAAUCAUACAGAUUUUCACUGUCAUGGUCCAGAAUUCCCGAUGGUAGACGUGCAUCCCUGAACCAAAAGGGUGUUGACUAUUACAACAGACUUAUUAACGGCCUCUUGGCCAGAAAAAUCACCCCACUGGUCACAAUUUAUCACUGGGACCUCCCACAAGCUCUACAAGACAUUGGUGGCUGGCAAAAUGUGGAGAUGAUUAACAUUUUUAAUGAUUAUUCUGACUUCUGCUUUGCCACUUUUGGUGACAGAGUAAAAUUCUGGAUGACCAUGAAUGACCCUCAAGGACUUGCAUGGUUAGGAUAUGGAACCGGACAAAUCCCUCCAAAAAUUAAGGAGCCAGGAACAGCAUCAUACCAAGUUGGACAUAACUUGAUUAAAGCUCACGCUACAGCCUACCAUACAUAUAAUGAUAAAUACCGUGCUUCUCAGGGAGGUAUGGUUUCCAUUGCCCUUAAUGCUGAAUGGGUUGAACCUAAAGACAUCAAUGUUCCUCGUGAUCUUGUUGCUGCUGACCGUGCAAUGCAGUUCAACGUGGGUUGGUUUGCCCAUCCAAUCUUCAAGAAUGGAGAUUAUCCAGAGGCCAUGAAAGCCCAAGUUUUAAUUAAAAGUGAACUCCAAGGUCUUAAACAGUCAAGACUCCCUUCAUUCACAGAGGAGGAAAAGAACUUGAUCAAAGGAACUGCUGACAUGUUCUGUGUGAAUCACUACACCACCAGGCUAGUAACCCAUAUCACAGGUCUGCUGUCUCCACAUUCCUAUCAAAAUGACUGGGACUAUGAAGAAGAACAAGAAAGUGGUUCACCAGCUACAGCCAUCAAAAACCAGAGAGCUGUAUCAUGGGGCCUAAGGAGACUCCUGAAUUGGAUCAUGGAAGAGUAUGGAGACCCUGAAAUUUACAUAACUGAUAAUGGUGGAGCUACAACAGCAAAAACUACGUGGGAUGACAUUGACAGAGUGUUUUUUUACAAGACUUACAUAAAUGAAGCUCUUAAAGCCUAUGAACUUGAUGGGGUAACGCUAAAGGGCUACACAGCAACAUCUCUCAUGGACUCCUUUGAGUGGUUGAAUGGCUAUACUGUUGGAUAUGGAUUCUUCCAUGUUGACUUCACUGACCCAAACCGACCAAGAUCACCCAAGCUGUCAGCUCAUUUUUACUUCCAACUCAUGAAAGACAAUGGUUUCCCUGUAACAGAAGAUGAGAAGAUGCUGUAUGGAGAGUUUCCUCAGGGUUUCCUUUGGAGUAGUGCCACAGCAGCUUACCAGAUUGAGGGUGGAUGGAGAGCUGAUGGAAAAAGUCUCAGCAUCUGGGAUAAAUUUGCUCACACGCCGCUCAAGAUUUUUGACAGUGAUAAUGGGGACAUUGCUUGUGACAGUUACAAUAAAAUAGAUGAAGACAUUGCAAUAUUGAAGCAACUUGGGGUUAACCAUUAUCGUUUCUCUAUAUCCUGGACUCGGGUACUUCCUGAUGGCACAACAAAUCACAUCAAUGAGGUUGGAUUUCGCUACUAUGACAGACUGGUGGAUGCGCUGCUUGCUGCAAACAUUCAGCCUCAUGUAACUUUGUACCACUGGGAUCUCCCACAAGCUCUGCAGAAUGUGGGAGGUUGGGAGAAUGAAACUAUUGUCCAAAGAUUCAGGGAUUAUGCUGAUGUUAUGUUCAGCCGUCUCGGAGACAGAGUGAAACUUUGGAUCACCAUUAAUGAGCCAUAUAACGUAGCAAUGAUUGGACAUGGAUAUGGAGUAGCCGCCCCAGGCAUUAGUUUCCGUCCAGGUACUCUUCCCUACAUUGUUGCUCAUAACCUUAUCAAGGCUCAUGCUGAAGCAUGGCACCUUUACAAUGACAAAUAUCGGGCUAGACAGAAUGGAAAAGUCUCUAUCACUAUUAACUCUGACUGGUCAGAGCCCAGAAACCCAUAUAAGCAAGAGGACAUUGAUGCAGCAAGACGUGUCAUACAGUUCUACAUUGGGUGGUUUGCCCAUCCCAUAUUUAAUGGUGACUAUAGUGAAAUGAUGAAGACAAUCAUUCGGGAACGCAGUCUUGCAGCUGGAUUGACUAAAUCACGGCUACCUGAAUUUACCCCAGAGGAAAUAAAGAGAAUUAAGGGGACCCAUGAUUAUUUUGGAUUCAACCAUUACACCACUGUCCUGGCUUUCCCUGUCGAGUAUGGAAAUCUUCAGCAUUACGAUGCAGACAAGGGUGCAGGGACAUAUGUUGAUCGGACCUGGCUGGAUUCUGGUUCUGGCUGGCUGAAGGUCACACCAUUUGGGUUGCGCAGAAUAUUGAACUUUAUUAAGGAGGAAUAUGGAAAUCCUACGAUUAUCAUCACUGAGAAUGGGGUCUCAGAGCGUGGGCCCACAAAUCUUAAAGAUUCUCACAGGAGUUACUUUUAUGAAAAAUAUAUUAACCAAGUGCUAAAAGCUUACCGGCUUGAUAAUGUGGAUGUCCGUGGCUACACAGCAUGGUCACUCAUGGACAACCUGGAGUGGGCCACUGGCUUCUCAGAGAGAUUUGGACUUUUUUAUGUCAAUCGCUCUGACCCCAAUGUCCCUCGAGUGGCCAAGGAAUCUGUGUCUUUCUUCUCCACCAUCAUCAAGUGCAAUGGGUUUCCCGACCCUGCAUCAGGACCUCAUGAUUGUUUGAAGCCUGAACCUGAAGCAACAAGUGCUCCAGAAAAUGACAAUUCAGUGAACUUUCUGGGUCUGAGGCUCUCCGCUGAAGAAGCUGAAACCGGAUUUAACACUACAUUUGCUCUGCUGCUUGUGGCAGCAACUGGAGCCAUUUGUUUGUCCAUCGGUUGCUUUCUCACUAAAAGACGUUCAAAAUAAGUUGAAAGUUGAAAUUGUACCUGUAGCUACCAUUCAGACAUUUAUUUUAGCAUUUAUGUGGACAUUUGUAAAGUCUACAUAACACACCAUAAUCCACAGACAGAGGAAAUUGCAGCUAACACUGAAUGUUUUGGAUGAUUCACUUAUUUUAAUUCACUGGGUUUUUUUUACAACAUAAGUAAACUGAUAUUAAAAUGUUUAUGUAUGUAAAUGUUUAUAUAGCUAGAAAUAUGUUAAAGUGUCUUCAAACAUUCAACUACAGUGUUCAUGUAUGACAUCUUUAAUUAAAAUAUGUAACAUUUAAUAAAGACAGUUAUGGUGUCCUAUA